GGUCGACCCGACCCAAAUACGCUCCUCAUUCCAAUCCUAUCACACGGAAAUCCAUCCCAAGAGGAAACUCCCUGCCCUUGAGGCCUUGAUGAAGGCUUUUCCUCGAACGCAAAAUCUCCUCUCUUCGUGACUUUCGUCUCAGCAGAGAAAAAUAAACAAAGCUCCUCGGCAAUAAUUCUCCGUUGCUGUUUCUCUCCGGCGACCAGGAACGGAAGAUCUUCUCCUCUGCCAAGCACAAAUAAGAAGAAACCGAUCGGUGGUUAUCUGCAAUGGCCGGAGCAGCAGCGCAGAAUACCCAAUUCACCCAGCAAUUCCUAAGCAGCGUCCUCUCCCAGCGAGGUCCAUCGGCUUUGCCCUACACCGAAGACGUCAAAUGGCUAAUCCGACAACAACUCCUCUCCCUCGUCAACACCUACCCCAGCCUCCAGCCCAAGACGGCCACCUUCACUCAUAACGACGGCCGAACUGUAAAUCUCCUCCAAGCCGAAGGCACCAUCCCCAUGUUCUAUCAGGAGGUCAUGUACAACAUCCCUGUCGUCAUCUGGCUCAUGGAGUCUUACCCUCGCCAGCCCCCCUGCGCGUACGUCGCUCCAACUCGGGACAUGAUCAUCAAGCGCCCCCACCCCCAUGUUAAUCCCUCCGGUCUCGUCUCCCUCCCUUAUCUCCAGAAUUGGAUCUACCCAAGUUCCAAUCUCGUCGAUUUGGUCCGAAAUCUCAGUCUUACCUUCGGUCGCGACCCCCCUCUUUAUACCCGCCAAAGACCAGCGCCACCUCCGGCAAACCCUAUCUGUACCCCUCCUGACAAUUCUUCUGUGAUCUCGGCGUCUUCGUCGGCCUCAGCUCGUCCUGGGAUUCCGCCCAGGGUUUACUCUUCAUUGUCUCCCUACGGUGGGAGGCUCCCGCCAUCGCCUCAGCACCAUCGGCAUCAUACGGAAGACCCAUCGGAGGUUUUCCGGAGAAAUGCAAUUGACAAGCUUUUGAGUAACUUACAUGCCGAUAUCGAUGGGUUGAGGAAGAAUAGAGAGACCGAGAUGGAUGGGCUUUUUAGUGCCCAGGCGGUUUUGCGGCAGAGGGAGGAUCAGCUUUCCAAAGGGUUGAGGGAGAUGCAGGAUGAGAAGGAAGGUUUAGAGCAGCAAUUGCAGAUGGUUCUGAUGAAUUCGGAUAUUUUGGAGGCAUGGUUGAGGGAGAACGAGUCGAAGACGGCGAACAUAGGGAAAGUGGAUAUAGAUGAUGUUUUUGAGCCUAUUGAUGCUCUGUCGAAGCAGAUGCUCGAAUGCAGUGCAUCAGAUUUGUCUAUAGAGGAUGCCAUUUAUUCAUUGGAUAAAGCGGUUCAGGAAGGGUCAAUUCCCUUUGACCAGUACCUAAGGAGCAUCAGGUCGCUAUCGCGUGAGCAGUUCUUCUACCGUGCUACUUCUUCAAAGCUUAGGGCUACACAGAUGCAGACUCAAGUUUCUAACAUGGCAGCUCGCUUGUCGCAGUAUGUCAAUUGUUGACAAUUCAUUGUAUGGAAGAAUCAUUUCAAAAGCAAGAACAUCAUAGAGCCAUAUUUGACUGAUGAAAAAACCCACCACUUGCAGAUUCAGGUACCAUUUCUACUUUGAUUCCAUUUCAUGUUUAAAAUCUGGGAUUGAAUAUCCAAUUUCUCAUAGCUUAGGUUUUUACCAAACUGCUGUAUGGUAGGUUUGAGUUUAAUUUGUUUAGCUUUUAAAGCAAAUUCAUAGCUCAUCUUUAUUAUGCUCUCUUAAUAGCUCUACCUAUAUGUUGUUUUGAUAUGUUUAUGUAUUGUUACUAUUUUUCUUUAAUUUUUUUUGAACAUUUAUGGAAUGGAGAUGAAGGUAUUUAUGCAUAAAAUUGAGUUCUUAACGAUUGCAUCUUUAUAUUUAUUGGGUAAUAAUUUUGUUAUUGAGGAAGAACUUUGGAUUAAGACAUGGAAGUGAGGUUGCAUUUGGUUAGAAGUGCUAAUUCCUUGGCUGAUUCUUUAGCCAAACAACGGGUGGGGAGAGAUCAACAUUUUUGGGCACAGUUGUAAUCCAAAAUAAAGAGUUUAUGGGAGAGAGAUAAGAGGGUUUAUCUCUCUAUGACUGUAUUCUCAAUUUCUACUCACUUUCUCCAUUAAUGAAAUUCACAGUUACUGUCUUAAAAAAGAAAAAGAACUUUGGGUUAGGAAAUUAUUUCUUGUAUUUGUUUUUCUGCAACUUUAGAGGGUCCAUAAGUAUUGAAUUUUUGGGAUAAAAUGAGAAUGGAUCUGAUUAUUGAUGCUUAACUGUUUUUUUUUUUUUUUUUUUGCAAAUAAGAAAUAUAUAAUCAUAGUAAAGUUGUUGGACUUUUCUAUUUUUGACCAGUUAUCUCAUUGUAGAAAUGGCAAUACAGAAGUAAAUUAUGCUUCUACCACUGCAUUUUAUUUCUUCUCCAUAGAUUCUGGUUAGCCCCUUUUCUAUUCAUAAUAAUAAAAGAUUAAAGAAAUAGAACUAUGCAGAGGGAAAGGUAGUCUCUAUUGGGAAGGUGGGCAAAUAAAAAAAGUAACAAAUUUCAAUGGAAACCAAUCUCCAGUCAGUGAGCAAUUUCCUAAAACCUGCUUUUGGCAAGAGAUAACAUGAUGCUGGUCAAUUUGGGAACCCAAAUGAUACGAUGUUUAUGCAGGGUCCAGAUGUAUUUAUCACCUUUCAUCUUUUCUCCUCUUGUCAAAUGUGAACUGAUGGCAGACAGUAAAUAAUAACUAAAUCCUAAGUUCCUUCAGUAAGAAACCUUCUUUAUUCCUUGGAUUGGUGAUCCGCCUAACUGGCUUGUAGAUGUUUUAUGGUUAGUAGGAAUGCAACUCGGGUUGGCCUGAGUUAGCAUUUUCAUCACUUCAGAUUUGGGCCUUCAGGCUGGUGCUCAUUCAAAUUUUGAUUAGCCCUUAAAUUGAUUAGACUCAGUUUUCUGCUUCACAAUGUAGUCUUUACUUAGAAAAAGAUGUCUUGCCAGCUUGUUAAUAAUGUCGAUAAGAACUACCAAGGGCCCAAUGCUUUGCAGCCAUGUUCACUUGUUUAAACUAGAGCAUUCAUAGGAGUAGGAGCCCUAUUUUAUCUAUUUACAUGAGAAGAGGAUGCUCAGAAAGUGACAAACCAAAGACAAGUACUGUUACUCUUCAGGAGUUGGGACUAACUUGGUUCUUCCUUUUUCUUUUUGAUAAAUGACUUGGUUCUUCCUCAAAAGAUAAAAUGUACUAUCUUGAGAUCUUACAUCACCUGAGGUUGGACAAACUCUGGAUAUUCUUCUUCUAGUUUCUUGCUUUCUUCCACCUCUUCCUGAUUUUCUUCUUUUUUCUUUUCUUUGUUUUUAUUUUGUAGUUAAGAAAUGAUAAGAAUUGAAAUAUGAGAAGGGGAUAAAAAGUUGAGACGGGAGGGGGGGUGCUACCAAGGAUUUAAAUAUCGAUAUGAUACGUCCGAUACGGGGCAUAUUGCAUCAGUAUUGGCCAGAGGGGAUAUGUGAUACGCUACGACUAAACCCGUAUCCCCUGAAUCGUGCGUAUCAGAGCUAGGGCUGUUCACGGGUUGGUUUAAUAGGUUUUGUUCAACCAACCUGACCUGGUUGGGUUACUUAAAGAGCAAACCGAAACCAACCUGCCAUUAAGCAAAACCGACCCAAACAUGAAGGGUCGGUUUGGGUCGGUUUAUCGGUUUAAUCGGUCGGUUUAUCAUUGGAUUCAAUGCGACUUGGUCCUAUGCGUUCCAAAACUACAAGUUUCAGUUCAAGUUUGAUUUUUGGCCCAUUACACACCAUGAUUAAGGCUGCAUUUGCCAUUUGGCAUUCAUAGAUACUCAUAAGACCAAUGGGCUUGUGAUGGGCUGAAUGAUUCAGCUACAGUAACAAUAGCAGUCUAGUAAAAUCUCUCCCACCAUGGCUGCUAAAAAAUCUUAAACUUGUAACUAAGUUACCGAACAUCAUUUCAUCCAUAAGCUGAACUGAACAUCACUAAUAAAGCUUAAAUCAUAGGGAUUACCUAAUUAGGGACAAACUAGGAAAUCAGAAGCUAACUAACUCGGUUCGGUUUGGUUCAGUUUUGGUUUUCACACAUGAAAAUCGAAAUCGAACCGAAUUAUCAGUUUGUUCCUCUUCACAACCCGAAACCGACCGGUGGUGAUGAAAAACUGACCAAAUCAGGUUGGGUUGGGCCGGUUUGGUCAGUUUGGCAUUGUUUGUGAACAACCCUAAUCGGAGCGAUACACAUUUGUAUCGGUCCGUAUUGUGUUGUAUCAACUAAUACACAUCGAUAUGGGACGAUACAAAUUGAUGUAUUUCUCGCGUGUUUAUUUGUAAAAAAUGCGACUGAAAUGAUUCGAACGCAAAUCAACCAGUGUUAAUCCACUAGGCCACCUUUCACCUUAUGAAAGUAAAUGAAAUAAAAUAAUAUUUUCUCAAUUCUAGUGUCCACAUUUAAUGCGGACUAAUAACAUACGUUUGUGUUUAACAAUUCCAACAAAAUAAAAAAAUGAUAUUCAAAACUAAAGCCAGCUUCCUAGUUUGGACUAUGGCUCUUAAUAAAUGCCUUUCCAAGGUGAACCUCGUGAGCAGGGGAUUUCAGAUUUCGGACCUGUCUUGCAGCUUAUGUGGGUGCAGUGCUGAAUCUUCUGAUCAUUUGUGUAUCCACUGCCCGUUUUUUGCUCAGUUGUGGAACCACUUUCUCAACUCCUUGAAUGUUUGUUGUGUGAUGCCAAGGUCGGUAAAAGAGCUGUUAUGUUGCUGGCAUAUUUUGGGCUUGAGCAAGAAAAAGAAGACUUUAUGGAAGAUGAUUCCAAGUGCUGUAAUUUGGUGUAUCUGGACCGAGGGGAAUAGAAGGGUGUUUAGUAACAAGUUUUUAAGUCUGGAGGACUUAACCCAGAAGUUAGUGGGCAAGCUGAUUUCUUGGUUGUUUGUGGUGGCAGAUUUUAGAAACUGUAAUGUGUCAGAUGUAUUAUUUUCUUUGUCUUGAUGGCUUGUGUAAUUGUUGAAUAGACCAGUCAGCCUGUUCUGGGACU